AUGCAUAAUCUUCAGCAGAGCCUGAUUGGAGGGGAGGAGGAGGUGGGGGUGGAGAAAGGUCUGCAUUACCCACUGGGGGCGGGGGAGGUAGUGGGUGCAAGCCACCAGCUGCAGGGCAGGAGAACGCUCACAGGAGGACCGGUGCAAACCUCCCCUCGGCCCGCUAACCCGUGCCGCCCCAGCCUCCCCUCAGGCCUCGGGGCGAGCGGACCCGCUGCAAAACUGCAGCCAAGCCCGGGUCCAGGAGGAAGGGGGCGAAAGGGCAGGAGCGGGGCGCCCCCAGCCCAAGCUGGGUGCCUGAGGAGCUCAGCGCCCGGGGCCUCCCAGCCGGAUGGGGGCUGCUCCGGCCUAGCGCACGCAGCUGCCUCGGCGAAGGGUUACGCCGGCCCCCGGAGCCCGGGCCGGCCCCGCGGGCGGCGGAGAGGAAGGGCUGCCGGGGGCGCCGCCGCGGCAGUGGCGAGUGCGUGGGGGAAGGGGCCCUUACUCACCCGGGCCGGCCGCCUCCGCCUCCGCCGCCCCGGCCGCCGCCUCGGCGGUCCAUCCCUGCGGCGGGGGCCUGCAGCCGCGGCGCUCGAGUCACAACCGCCGGCUGGGCCGGCCCCUCCCCCCUGCCCAACGUCUGUCCUCAGGGCCGCUCCUCAGACCCGGCCUCGGCCGCUGCCGCUGCCGCCGCCGCCGCAGCGCUACGUGGCCGCCGCUCCGACGUCUCGCGACUCCCUUCCCAGCGCGCGAGGGCGAGCGGGGCCGGCGGGGCGGGCAGCGCGGGGCGGGCGGCAGGGGAGGGGGUGUGCGUGUGUGGAUGUGUGUGCCGGAGGGGGCAGGGAGGGAGGCGAGCGGCGGCGAGGACGCGCGCGCGCGCCCGCGGCCCCUUCCCUCGCCCCCCCCACCCCGCCCAACAGGGAUCCCGACACCUCCCUCUGCCCGCCCCCUCGGCAUCCCGGCCGCUGGGAGCGACGGCGCGCAUGCGCAGCCCUCGGGCCGGCCCGGGCGCACCUUUUCUGCCUCCUGCCACAUUGUGAGCGCUCCGCCGCCCAGAUAACCGCCGGCUCCCCGCGCCGCCCCCGCCUUCUCCCACUCCGCCCACUCCCGGGCGCCCAGGGGAUGAUGCAGCAAGAAGACCCACACCAGAUGAGGGCACCUUGAUAUUGGAUUUCCCAGCCUCCAGAACUAAGCCCGGGACUUGCCUCUGUGAUCUGGUGCUUUGGAGGGCCUUGGGCCUCAGGGCUAGCAAGGUCCCUUUCUGGAGAUUCCAGUUCCUCUGCCCGCCCUCCUUUACCUCUUUCUCCUCACACAUCUGUCUCAGGGAAGGGGUGAGGGCUGCCAACCAAUGUUACCACUUGACAGACCAUAAGAGGGCUAGUUCCAGUGCCUCUCUUGUUCAACUGCUGACACUGCAGCUUGGCAGUCAUUGAAGGCAACAUUUAGCUCCUACCUCUGACCUGAUUGGAAGACCGGGCUUCUGUCAUCCUGGUUUCCUGGCCUUGGACAGUUCUUCACUAACUUUUAUUCAUUAAGGCAGUGGGCAGAAAGCAACAGAACUCUGUUUUUUCUUUUUCGGGGUUUUUUUGUUGUUGUUGUUUUGUUUUGUUUUGUUUGUUUUUGAGACAGGGUCUCCUUCUGUCACCCAUGCUAGAGUGCAGAGGCGCUGUCAUAACUCGCUACAGCCUCAACCUCCUGGGCUCAAGCAAUCUUCCCACCUCAGCCUCCCGAGUAGCUGGGGACCACAGGUGCAUGCCACUAUGCCUAACUAAUUUUUAUAUUUUUUUUUAGAGAUGAGGUUUUGCCAUGUUGCCCAUGCUGGUUUUGAACUCCAGAACUCAAGCAAUCUGCUGGCCUCAGCCUCUCAAAGUGCUAGGAUUACGGGCGUGAGCCAUUGUGCCUGGCCAGAACCUGUUUUUUGUUUGUUUGUUUGUUUUUGUUUUGUUUUGUUUUGUUUGUUUGAGGCGGAGUUUGCCCAGGCUGGAGUGCAAUGGCGCGAUCUCGGCUCACCACAACCUCUGCCUCCUGGAUCCAAGCAAUUCUCCUGCGUCAGCCUCCCAACCAGCUGGGAUUACAGGCAUGUGCCAUCACGCCCUGCUAAUUUUGUAUUUUUAGUAGAAAUGGGGUUUCACCAUGUAGGUCAGCCUGGUCUCGAACUCCCAACCGCAGGUGAUCUGCCCACCUCGGCCUCCCCAAGUGCUGGGAUUACAGACGUGAGCCACUACGCCCAGCCCAGAACCUGUUUUUUAAUUUAAAAUUCUUAUUUAAAAGUUCUGUACAUUUUGAUAAUUCUUAAAACCUUCACACAUUUAAUUUAAACAGCAGCAGAGAUAUCUGGUUCCUGGUAAAGUGAACAGGAUAGCUUGAUACCAGCUCCCUGCUCACUGCAUUUCCUCACUUCCUAAAUUCCUAGGGAUGUACCUCCAGUGCAUAAUAGUUUUUACCACCUGUACAUAUACAGAGUAAGUGGCCAUGGCUCCUUGCCUGCCCAUUAACUAAUAUCACAUCCUACAGUACCGACUUGGAGCCAGAGCCCUGGUCAUGGCCUCCUAGGUUCUCAUACUUGACCUUUACUCAAUCAUUUCACCAUUUAGGCUUUAUAAAAAGGGGAGACUGGCCGGGCGCGGCGGCUCAUGCCUAUAAUCCCAGCACUUUGGGAGGCCGAGGGAGGUGGAUGACCUGAGGUCAGGAGUUUGAGACCAGCUUGGCCAACA